GAAGAAGCAGAACAGCAACGCCAGCUCGAGCGACAACGCGCCGAAGAAGCAGACCAGCAACGCCAGGUCGAGCGACAACGCGCCGAAGAAGCAGACCAGCAACGCCAGCUCGAGCGACAACGCGCCCAAGAAGCAGACCAGCAACGCCAGGUCGAGCGACAACGCGCCGAAGAAGCAGAAAAACUCAACCGUCCAACAACCUUCUCUGAAUACCUCGAAGCCUGCCACGAGUUUGUCUAUGCGAAAUUCAAGGUCGAGCCAGACAAAAGUCUUACAUCGAAGGGUUCAACCACGAAUCCCCAAAACAAAUAUUGCCCGACGCGACUCAUCCCUUGGUCAGACUUCAUAGAUCAGCAAAGGACGGUAUUCGGCGAUCUUUAUUCACUAUGCCCAACCGAGGCCAGAGCUUUCGAGAGUCUGGCGUUCUUACAAGGCCUUGGAGAAAGGAUAUCACGAAAACGGAUUGCCAAUGAGAAGGAUCUCGAAUACUUUCAGCACAUCAGUGUGGAGGAUCCGGUACGGUCGAUUGUCGAGCAUCUCGUAUCUAUAGACGAGGUCAGGGUAACUUUUGGUCUUGGGGAUGGUAUUGUAUUUGAGAACCAUCCGAAUGCUAUUAGCGACGUCUCCGAAGAGGUGGUUGGCCGCCGUACCACACCGCAACGGCCACGCACGCCCGACCAACCUCGAUUCGAACGCCUCCGGCUCCGCCCUGAUCAAAUAUGCAUUUAUAAACAGGAGGACGGGACUUCGACAAAGCGUACUAUGCUUUACAUCAACGAGUACAAAGCACCACAUAAGGUCACUCCACAGCAUCUUCGCGUAGGACUUCGUUCGAUGGAUAUACACAAGGAGGUCGUGAAUCGGGCCACGAUCCCAACAUCAGCUGACCCUGAGGCUUUAUUCCAGUACCACUCGGAACGACUCGUCGCGGCUGCCAUGACGCAGACGUUCCACUACAUGAUCGAAGGCGGAUUAGAGUACGGUCUGGUCACCACAGGGGAGGCGAUUGUUUUCAUGAGAGUCGACUGGUCCGACCCUACAACCCUACUGUACCAUCUCGCCGAACCGGGAGCGGAGGUGGUCGCGCACCCACGUAAUGCACGUUAUUGCACGGCGGUGAGCCAGAUGCUUGCUUUCAGCCUGCUGGCUCUAGACUACUCCCGGGGCAGACGAUAUCAUCGUCAGGACGAGCGUGAAGCGGUCAUGUCCAGCCUAAACACCUGGUCAGAAGAUGUCGAGACCAUACUACAAUCGAUACCGGCCGAUCAGCGGAAGGCACCAUUGAGCUCGCCCGCCUAUGAGCCAGACCCAUACAGUGAUAUUGAUCGGUCGCCCUGUACCUCCCGGAAGGGGAAGCCAAGGAAACUUCCGAGAGAUGCGACGAGAGUUGGUGUCCUAGCACGUUCGCCGGAGUCAUCCGACGAUGAGAGCACGAGGCGAAUGCAGGAGACGCCCACACCAGUUGAGCCGAGACGGAGCGAAAGGGUUCGGCAAAUUCUGACCGACCGCACACGCAAGGACGGCGGCGAGAGGGUUUCGUCACACCAUGGUCGCCAGCGAAAUGGUGGAUACUGUACGGAGGAUUGCCUGCGCGGCUUGACGCUACAGAUGCGGCUUGACGAGAAAUGCCCGAAUGUUGCUGCUCAUCGACCUGAUGGGGAUAGUGUCCACCACCGCAUUAGCCACGCCACAUUCAAAACUCUGCUCCGCGACCAGCUCAAGCGCACCCUCGACGACGGAAUCGAGAGCCUUGACAAGGGAGGUGCUCGUGGGGUCCUCUUCAAGGUGACUCUUCUUGCAUAUGGGUAUACCUUUAUUGGCAAGGGUACCGUGCCGGCAUUUAUCGAGGAUCUCGAACACGAAGUAAAGGUCUAUCAGGCCCUCCAGCCGCUGCAGGGUAAAGCCACGCCUGUCUUUCUCGGGGCGAUCGACCUACGUUCGAUAUCACGCACUUACUACUACGACUUCCGAGUCCGAGUUCAAUACAUGAUGUUUCUAUCCUGGGGUGGUGAUAGCUUGGACUCGGUGCGCACUGCGGGCGACGAUGGAGAUCUAAGGCGACAACUGAUUCAUGCCAUCCGUGGCUUGCACACUUGUGGGGUCGCGCACAAGGAUCUCCGGUCUCCUAAUGUGCUGAUAAACCGAGAGACUGGACAGAUUAGGAUAUGCGAUUUCGAAAGGGCUGUUUUGAUGGAACGUCCUCGGCUCCCUCUUGGGUCUGUGGUGCCAAAUAAGAGA